ACGCUGUGUAGCUUGAUAUACGUGGGCGAAGGUAAUGGCAGAAGUGCCGGCAUUCCUGCUCUUGGGCUCGCUCACAGUGCUGCACAUUUUUCUAGGAGAAGGCUUCGGAGAUUAUCAAUCGAACCCUUUAAAAUUGGAUCGCAGCUGCGUUUUGGAGCAAGGAUUUGGUCCAAAACCGCCUUCUUUCUCUCUAACGCGCUCUUUCUCUCCUUCAUCACCUUCGUUUACGUUGCUUGUGAUCAGGCCACCAGAUUCUUGAAUGAGCUAGGGUUUUGUCAUUUUAUGCUUUGGUCAGAUUGUUCGGAAUCAGUUUCUUUUUGUUGAUGGUCAUCUAAGGAUCCCAAGGAACGAGGAGUAGGUACUCUCUGAUUUUUCUUAGUUUCACAACUCCAAAAAUCGAAGAUGGUAAACUUUGGGAAAAGGCUAAUGGCUGACCAAAUGCCAGAAUGGGAAAGAUACUAUAUUAAUUACAAGCUAAUGAAGAAAAGAGUCAAACAAUACGUUCAACAAUCUCAGCAAGGUGGAAACGAUAAAAGGCAAGUCCUGAAAGAGUUCUCAAGAGUGCUUGAUGAUCAGAUUGAAAAAAUUGUCCUUUUUCUUCUAGAAGAACAAGGGAUUCUUGCAAGUAGAAUUCAAGCACUGGGUGAGAAACACAUAGCUAUUUUAGAACAACCAGAGCUAUCUCAAAUAAGUGAAUUACGAGAAGCUUAUAGAGCAGUUGGGCAAGAUCUUUUAAAGUUGCUUAAGUUUCUUGAUACGAAUGCUACAGGCAUUCGUAAAAUUUUAAAGAAGUUUGACAAACGCAUGGGAUAUACAUUCACAAACUACUAUGUGACCACCAGAUCAAAUCAUCCUUAUUCUCAGCUGCAGCAGGUUUUCAAACAAGUGGGUAUCGGCGCAGUUGUAGGAGCUUUAUCUCGCAAUCUUACAGAUGUUCAAGAUCAACAAGGCAGCUAUAUGUCUAUUUAUGAUGAUCCAUCAAUUGUUUUGAAGGACCCAGUUAUAGACUUGAUAAAUGCAUCCGUGGACAAACUGACCCAUUCAACAAACUUCCUCCAAUUUUUGGGAAAACGUGCUCUUAUCAUUCCAGAUGAUAUACCAAGUUCUGAAGAAGACCAUGUUGAUGAUGAAAGAUAUCAUUUCAUUUCACUUCUACUGAAUCUGGCAAACACAUUUUUAUACAUGGUCAAUACGUAUAUUAUUGUUCCCACUGCAGAUGAUUAUUCGUUAAGCCUUGGAGCUGCAGCAACAGUUUGCGGAGUAAUUAUUGGGUCCAUGGCUGUUGCGCAAGUAUUUUCUUCAGUUUAUUUUAGUGCAUGGUCCAAUAGAUCAUACUACAAACCUCUUCUUUUUAGCAGCGUCAUGCUUCUAAUAGGCAACACGUUGUAUGCAUUGGCUUAUGAUUUCAACUCUCUGGUGGUUCUUUUAUUCGGUCGCCUUUUAUGUGGGUUGGGCUCUGCUAGGGCAGUUAAUCGUCGAUACAUCAGUGAUUGUGUACCUUUUAAGACUCGCAUGAAGGCUUCUGCCGGUUUUGUUAGUGCAAGUGCUCUUGGAAUGGCUUGUGGCCCUGCACUUGCUGGUUUGCUCCAAAUGAAAUUUAAACUUUAUGCUAUCACAAUCAAUCAAAAUACAUUACCAGGAUGGGUUAUGGCAUUCGCUUGGCUUGUGUAUAUGCUAUGGUUAUGGUUUUCAUUUAAAGAACCAUCCCAAGUUGUCGAGGGAAACCAUCAAAAUCUUAAUGCUGGGGGCAACGAAAGUGCUGAAUUAGAAAGUGGACUUCGCCAAUCAUUAUUGUCCAGUUCGAAAGAAAAUCAAGAUGAAGACGAAGAAAAAGAAUGCGACGAUAGUGAAGAGGCUUUGAAAGUACCAGCAAAUUCCAUUGGUUCAGCUUAUAGAUUAUUAACACCAUCUGUAAAGGUUCAAUUAUUGAUUUAUUUUAUGCUAAAGUAUGCAAUGGAGAUUUUGUUAUCGGAAUCAAGUCUCGUAACCACAUUAUAUUUUGGCUGGACUACGAGUGCAGUGGCCAUUUUCUUAGCAAUUCUUGGCCUAACAGUCCUUCCUGUAAAUGCUGUGGUUGGAAGUUAUAUAACCAACUUGUUCGAAGACAGGCAAAUUUUGUUUGGAUCUGAAAUUAUGGUCUUAGUGGGUGUUAUUUUAAGUUUUCGUGUCACUGCUUCAUACUCUGCUGUACAGUAUGUUUCAUCGGCUCUCAUCACAUUCGUGGCUGCCGAAGUUCUUGAAGGCGUCAACCUAUCUCUUCUAUCCAGAAUAAUGUCAUCAAGGCUUGCUCGUGGGACCUUUAAUGGCGGAUUACUCUCAACUGAAGCAGGAACUUUGGCCAGGGUUGUUGCUGAUGCCACUAUCACAUUAGCUGGCUAUUUAAGGGAAGACUUGCUUCUUAAUAUUACUCUCUUUCCCUCUCUGUUGAUCUGUAUAGCUUCUAUUACUGCUACAUGUCUUACAUAUAACACUCUUUAUUAAUUUUUUUUUUCUUACUUUCUUAUUUUCUUUGUGCAGUGCUCUAAAACAUUUAUCAAUGUAUGUAAUUCUUCUUUUUUUUUAUUUUUUAGAA